ACUCAGGGCAUCAGAACCCCGGGUCCUCUGUCAGUCUGUCCUGUUUCUCGCCUGAAUGAAAACACAAAAGCGACGACACGCAACUGAAGCAGAGCAGUGUCGAUAAAAUUCACCUGCAGCCUUCCUGUUUAUUAUUCUCCUGUGUGAACUGUUCGCGUCUGCUAUCAGUGUGCUGUCUGCUCGACGCGACCGAGCAACAUGGACAAACGAAAAGUGGCAGAGUUAAUGGGCUUCGUGCAGAUGUGCGAGGCCAGUCCCGAUGUCCUGCACCUGCCGGAGCUGAGCUUCUUCCGGACCUGGUUGAAUGGCAUGGACGCAAAAAUCCCUCCUCCUUCCAAGAAAAAGGGGUCGUGCCAUGGCGGCUGUCCUUGUGGUCCUCCUCCUACCUCAGCUCCACCUCCAGAGCCACAGCCUACCUCUGAGGAGGAGGAGAGUGAUUUAGAAAUUGAAAUGGAGGGAGUGAUUGAACCCGACAACGACGAUCCGCAGGAGAUGGGAGAUAUUGAAACCACUGAGGUCACAGAGGAGAUGAUGGAUCAGGCCAAUGAGAAGAAGAUGGAGGCCAUUGAUGCUUUAGGAGAAGGCAAUCUGCAGAAAGCUCUGGAUCUUUUUACGGAAGCCAUCAAGCUGAACCCCUGCGUAGCCAUCAUGUAUGCCAAGAGGGCCAGUGUGUUUAUCCAGAUGCAGAAACCCAACGCAGCCAUCAGGGACUGUGACCGAGCCAUCAGCAUCAACCCAGACUCUGCACAGCCCUACAAGUGGAGGGGAAAAGCUCACAGGCUGUUGGGCCACUGGGAGGAGGCCGCCCGGGAUCUGGCUGUAGCCUGUAAACUGGACUAUGACGACGACGCCAGCGCGUUGCUGAAGGAGGUCCAGCCCAAGGCCAAAAAAAUCAUAGAGCACAAACGCAAAUACGAGCGCAAGAGAGAAGAGAAGGAGGUCAAAGAGAAACAAGAGCGGAUAAAGAUGGCCAGAGAGGAGCAUGCCCGGGCUCAGAGGGAAGAGGAAGCACGACAGGCUGGAGGAGGAUUCUUCCCAGCGGGCGCUGCUGGAUUUCCAGGAGGAUUCCCCGGUGGAGGCCCCACCGGCAUGCCCGGCAUGCCCGGCAUGCCCGGCAUGCCCGGCCUCGGUGACCUGCUGAAAGAUCCCGAGCUGCUCAACGCCAUGAAGGACCCCGAGGUGAUGACGGCCUUCCAGGACGUGGCACAGAACCCGGCCAACAUCUCCAAGUACCAGGACAACCCCAAAAUCAUGGCGCUCGUCACCAAGCUGAGCUCCAAGUUCGGAGCCGCACCACAGCCGUAGACGAGGACGAGAACCAAAGACUGGAGAGAGGAUCCGUGGUGAAACAAUCCAGAGAACCACAACGCUUUUCAACAAUUAUUCCACUGUGCAGAUCAAACAGGGCAGCGGGGGGGGGGCGGGUUAAUUGCAUAGAGAAAGGGGGGCAACUUUUCAAAUGAUCUUAAUGAGCCUGUUACACUUAGCAUCCUCCUAACUGACUGACAGCCUCUCCAGAGGUCUCUUCUCUAACCUGCAUCCCGAAAUGGUAAACUGGGGACCCCCGCAUUAAGAUGCUAACUCACAGAUAUUUUUACAGCCAUUUAACUCGUGGUGAUUGUUUAGCUUCCUGUUUGUUUUUCCUUUCUCCAAACAGAGCCGUAUUCACAGACAAUGGUUGGGAUUGUUUUUCCUAUCAGAUGUUAAGUUAAUGCAUAAAAAGAGAAAUCACUGUUGAUGAUGUCCGACCCUGUUGAAAGAAAUGAUUCACAAUAAAACCUUUGUUGCUGCAAA